AUGUCUUUGACAACUAGUGUUUAAAUUGAAGGCAAAACUAAUGGCAAACUCGAGUGAAUUCGGUUCCCAACUGUCCAUCGGUUCCAAUGCCUCGAGGACAUCCAAUAGUAAGAGUGAAUCCGUUAAAGUGAUAGUCCGUUGCCGACCGAUGAGUGAUAAGGAGGUGAAGGGCGGACACAAACAGAUAAUCGAUAUGUAUUGCGAUCGCGGAGUCAUUCAAAUCCAUAAGUCGUCCACCGGUGAGGACGAGUCGCCGAAGAUAUUCACUUUCGACGCCGUCUACGACUGGAAUUCAAACCAAACGGAUCUCUACGAAGAGAUAUUCCGGCCAUUAGUGGACUCAGUGUUGGAGGGCUUCAACGGAACGGUCUUCGCGUACGGCCAGACCGGCACCGGAAAGACGUUCACAAUGGAGGGCUCGGCUGACAAACCGGGAAUUAUUCCCAACUCUUUUGAACAGAUCUUCAAUUGUAUCGCUCGAUCACAUAAUCAACAAUAUUUGGUCAGAAGUUCUUAUCUGGAGAUAUAUCAGGAGGAGGUCCGGGAUCUGCUCUCCAAAGACCAGAGCUUACGACUAGAGCUUAAAGAGAGGCCCGAUAUUGGCGUUUACGUGAAGGACUUGUCGUCGUUUGUGUGCAAAUCAAUCAAAGAGAUCGAACAC